CAGCCGGACGGGCAGCGCCGGGCCGGCCCGCCAGCAGCCCCGGGCAGCCUGCUGACAUCCCCCGAGCAAGCCGGAGCUUCCCGCCUCACCCAGGCACCCUCCACCAUCUCCCACAGUGGGCACAGCUCCAGCAUGAGUCGUGGGGUGCCCGAGCCUGCCCCCCGCCUUCCCUGAGCCCCCCCUGCACCCGCACUGCCUGCGGGGGAGCCCCAUCCCCAGCCAUGGAGAAGACCUACUCAUUGACGGCCCACUACGACGAGUUUCAGGAGGUGAAGUACGUGAGCAAGUACCAGAGCGGCACCCUGCCCAACGGCUUCGCCCUCCAGCUGGGCACCGGGGCCAAGAAACGCCGCGGGGGGCUGCCGCGCUGGAGCCGCCGGGAGGUCUGCCUGCUCUCGGGGCUGGUGUUCGCCGCGGGGCUCUGUGUCAUCUUGACGUGCAUGUUGGUCCUCAAGUACCUGGCGGCUGAAGGGGACAGCUACUGCCUGGAGGGGUGCCAGGAGAAGAAGGCCUUCCUGCGGGCGUCCCGCUUCCUCAGCGCCAACAUGGAUGCCACCAUCGAUCCCUGCCAGGACUUCUACUCCUUCGCCUGCGGCGGCUGGCUCCGGCGGCACGGCAUUCCCGAGGACAAGCUGGUGUACGGCACCAUCGGGGCCAUCGCCGAGCAGAACGAGGCCAAGCUGCGGGCGCUGCUGAGCCGCCCCGUGCGGCGCCGAGCCCCCGCCUCGGCUGAGAGGAAGGUCAAGGAGUUUUUCCGCUCGUGCCUGGACCGGGCUGAGAUUGACCGGCUGGGCCCACGGCCCAUGCUGGAGGUCAUCGGGGAGUGUGGCGGCUGGGAUGCCCCCCCGGGCCGCGGGGACCUCAACGAGCUGCUCUACAAGACGCAGGGGGUCUACAGCGCUGCCGUGCUCUUCUCUCUCACCGUCAGCCUGGACGAGAGGAACACCUCCCGCUACGUCAUCCGGAUUGACCAGGAUGGGCUGACUCUGCCUGAACGGACCCUCUACCUGGGACAGGAUGAGGAGAGCGAGAAGAUCCUGGCUGCGUACCGGGUGUUCAUGGAGCGGCUGCUCACCCUCCUGGGGGCCGAACACGUGGAGCAGAAGGCCCAGGAGAUCCUGCAGCUGGAGCAGCACCUCGCCAAUAUCACGGUGUCCGAGUACGAUGACGUGCGGAGGGACGUCAGCAGCAUGUACCACAAAGUGACCCUGGGCGAGCUGCAGCGCAUCACCCCCACGCUCAAGUGGAAGCGCUUGCUGGACCGCAUCUUCCACGACAACUUCUCGGAGGAGGAGGAGGUGGUGCUGCUGGCCACUGACUACAUGCACAAGGUGUCUGACCUCAUCCGUGUGACGCCCAGCAGGAUCCUUCACAACUACAUGCUGUGGCGCAUCGUGGUGGUGCUGAGUGAGCACCUCUCCACCCCCUUCCGCGACGCCAUCCACGAGCUCUCCAAGGAGAUGGAGGGCAAUGAGAAGCAGCUCGAACUGGGCAAGAUCUGCCUGAGCCAGGCCAACAAGCAUUUCGGCAUGGCCCUGGGCGCCCUCUUCGUCGAGGAGCACUUCUCCUCCACCAGCAAAGCCAAGGUGCAGCAGCUGGUGGAGGACAUCAAAUACAUCCUGGACCAGCGCCUGGAUGAGCUGGACUGGAUGGAUGAGGAGACACGGAGAGCCGCCAGGGCCAAGCUCCGGUACAUGAUGGUGAUGAUUGGGUACCCCGAUUUCCUGCUGAAGCCAGAGGCCAUCGACAAGGAGUAUGAGUUCGAGGUGGAUGAGAAGACCUACUUCAAGAACAUCCUCAACAGCAUCGCCUUCAGCAUCAGGCUCUCGGUGAAGAAGAUCCGGCAGGAGGUGGACAAGUCUGCGUGGCUGCUGCCUCCCCAGGCGCUGAACGCCUACUACCUGCCCAACAAGAACCAGAUGGUGUUCCCCGCUGGCAUCCUGCAGCCCACCCUCUACGACCCCGAGUUCCCGCAGUCUCUGAAUUAUGGCGGGAUUGGCACCAUCAUCGGACACGAGCUGACCCACGGCUAUGAUGACUGGGGGGGACAGUACGACCGGCACGGGAACCUGGUGCACUGGUGGACAGAGCGGUCGUACAGCAAGUUCCUGAAGAAGGCGCAGUGUAUCGUCAACCUCUACGACAACUUCACUGUCUACAACCAGCGGGUCAACGGCAAACACACGCUGGGGGAGAACAUUGCUGACAUGGGGGGGCUCAAACUUGCCUACUAUGCCUACCAGAAGUGGGUGCGGGAGCACGGCCCCGAGCACCCUCUGCACCACCUGAAAUACACACAUGACCAGCUCUUCUUCAUUGCCUUUGCCCAGAACUGGUGCAUCAAGCGGCGGUCCCAGUCCAUCUACCUGCAGGUGCUGACGGACAAGCACGCCCCAGAGCACUACAGGGUCCUGGGCAGCGUGUCGCAGUUUGAGGAGUUUGGACGGGUUUUCCACUGCCCCAAGAACUCGCCCAUGAACCCGGCGCACAAGUGCUCGGUGUGGUGAGGCCAAUCCACCCCUCCGGCAGGCUGGCACCGCCCCCCCCCCCCCCCCCCCCCCCCCAUCCUCAUCCCUGCCCAAGUGCCAUCCUGUGCCUGCUCCAUGCCUCUGCCCAUCUCCCCCUCCUACUCUCCAGGCAAAGGGGCACCCCUGGGUGACACAGGGGGGUCACCCCCCCCUCCAAAGGCAGGCACCUGCCGGCGGGGUGGAGGCAGGGGGGAGACACUUGGGGUGGGCAUGAGCUCCUGCCCAGAGGCAGCUGCCUCCUGCCCACCCCUUUCUUACCCCCUGCCCUAUGCACUGUGGGGUCCUGAGUCCCCACAGAGGUAUGAGGGCACGUCCAGGCACCCGUGUACCCCCUCUCCUGUCCACCACCUCAAAUCCUUCCCUUCACCCAGCCCUACCACAUCCAUCCCAGCACCGAUUAAGCCAGGGAGAGUGAACCUGAGACAGCGUGGGGCUGCCCCACACCAAAAUCCUCCCCCUGCCUGGUGCCCUCCCCAGCAUCCCCCAUGCCAGCCCCUUCCUGUCCCCGCGUCAGCCCUGCCAGGGGGUGGGCACAGCUGGCACAGCUCGGGGCUGGGUGCUGCCAGCCUGCCCCGGGAGCGUGGGGACAUGGACACCCGCUGUAUUUUUCGCUGCUGUUUCUGGUCAAUAAAGCACUGGAUAUGCCA